UACAAGAACAACCACCUGGCACAGUUCAAACAUCUCUACCCGUCUUCCGCCGCCCCUUCUUGCAUCCGGCUCAGGAUUUCGAACGGCCUCCAAAUCCCUCUCCAGCUUACCCUUCCCCUUCCCAAGACUUCCCUCCCGAUCUGGCCGCCGUACCUGCGUCCGUACCCCCGCGUCUCCGUCUCUCCGGCACUGCUUGAGAACCCCGGUUGGUCCCAAUUGGCGAGAAACACCGGAUCGAAUUGGCUCUCGGAGCCGGAGGUCUUGCAGGAUUCGAUUCUUGGAGGCUGGACGGCUGCUUGAGCGCUUGACGGAGCCUGGCGAGCUGGGCUUUCUCCAGCUCCAGGUGGGAAAGAUAAUUUGGAGGCAGGAUGGGGCCAGAAAUGAUAGAGCAUUAUGGAGGGUAGGAAGAGGAGGGGAAGAUUCCGGAAUUCUCUCAGGCGGAUGGCGAUGGAGUGUCUAUGCUCCGGUGAGCAGCUGAAGGGGGCUGAUGAGACUGUCAGGUCGUCUGAUUCUACAAUCACAAAAGAUUUCUCGGCCAGCGGGUACUCUUCUAGGAAUGGAGAAAUUGAACAGUACCUUGAUAAUGGCAACAUAGAGGAAGCCGAGUUGUCGCUCCAGGAGGGCAUAUGCCUAAAUUAUGAGGAAGCAAGGGCAUUGCUAGGAAGGCUAGAAUAUCAACGGGGUCAUGUAGAAGCGGCACUCCGUGUCUUUGAUGGAAUAGACAUAUCUGCAUUGGUUCCUAAGGUGAAAAUCUCAAUUGCUAGAAAAGCUGAUCGUCGAAAGACCCGUUCGCAGUGGGAUUCUCCACCAAUGCCCUUGCAUGCUGUCAGCCUUCACAUGGAGGCGAUAUAUCUUAAAGCAAGAGCGCUUCAUGAUCUUGGAAAAUACAAAGAAGCUGCACAAGAAUGUAGAAUGAUAUUGGAUAUUGUGGAAGCAGCAAUACCUGAGGGUUUACCACCAGGCUUUGGAAAAGGUUGUAAAUUGAAUGAAAUAAUAUGCAAGGCUGUAGAGUUGCUCCCUGAGCUGUGGAAAUCAGGGGGUUUUUCACUUGAAGCCAUUUCUUCAUAUAGGAGGUCCCUUCUCAAUAAUUGGAAUCUUGAUGGAGAGACUGUAGCAAGGAUACAAAAGAAAUUUGCUGUUUUUCUCCUAUAUAGUGGUUGUGAAGCACGCCCUCCAAAUCUCCAUUCUCAGUUGGAUGGUUCAUUUGUACCUUGCAACAAUAUGGAAGAGGCUAUUCUUCUUUUGAUGAUUCUAUUGAGGAAGUUCAAUCUCAAGAGGAUUGAGCGGGAUCCCUCUGUCAUGCAUCACCUUACUUUUGCACUGGCCAUGUCAGGGCAGCUAAUUCCACUGGCCGGACAAUUUGAAGAACUGUUACCUGGAGUGUUAGAUAAAAGAGAAUGGUUAUAUAAUGUUGCAUUGUGUUACUUAGCAGAAGAAGAUGAUCUGAGCGCCCUGAAUCUACUCAGACAAAUUCUGAAGGCUGGAGAGGAUUCUGAUCAUCUCAAAGAACUUCUCCUAGCUUCAAAGGCUUGUGUUGAGGUGAGUGCUCAUACUGAAGGUGCUUCCUAUGCACGGAGAGCCAUUGCCAAUAUGCAGGGAGGAUGCAAACAAAUGCCCGGAGUUGCAGAGCUGUUGCUUGGUGUUACGCUUUCUAAUCAAGCUAGAAGUGCAAUAUCUGAAACAGAUAGAACUGCUUGGCAGUGUGAAGCACUGGAAGUGCUGGGGAAUGCUGACAAGAAGAUGCAUGGGAAAGAUUCUAGGGCAUUGUACAGUCUGAGCCUUGAAAAUGCUGAGCAGAGGAAAUUAGAACCUGCUUCUUUUUAUGCAAAGAAGCUGGUGAAACUUGAGGCUGGAUCAGAGCUGAGGAGUUGGCUUCUUUUAGCUCGAAUACUGAGUGCUCAGAAGCAGUUCGCCGAUGCUGAAAUAAUUGUUGAUGCUGCUCUAGAUCAGACUGGCAAAUGGAGUCAAGGAGAUCUCUUGCGAACCAAAGCCAGAAUUCAGGCUGCACAAGGGCAAUUCAGAGAUGCAGUUGAGACAUACACCCAACUUCUUGCUAUAAUUCAACUUAGAACGAAAAGUUUAGCUUCUGGGAUUCACUCGGCAAAGGGCAACAAGGAUGAUAAAGGCCUGGAAAUAGAGACCUGGUAUGAUCUAGCUCUCUUGUACCUAGGUAUGGCACAAUGGAGGGAUGCAGAGGUUUGUGUAUUGAAGAUAAGAUCCAUCAGUCCUUAUUCUGCAUUGGCUUGGCAUGCUACAGGAAAAAUAUAUGAAGCAAAAGGUCUUACAAAAGAAGCUUUGGGAGCUUUUUUCAGAGCAUUAGGCCUUGAUCCUAAACAUGUCCCAAGUUUGAUAUCGAUUGCCACUGUUCUACGGCAACUUGGUGACAGGCCGUUAUCUUCUGUACGGUGCUUCCUGACUGAUGCAUUGCAACUGGAUAGAACUAAUCAUGUUGCAUGGUUCAAUCUUGGCCUGCUUUACAAAGAGGAAGGUGGCAGAUCAGUAGUUGAAGCUGCUGAAUGCUUUCAAGCUUCUGCUUUUCUUGAAGAAACAGCACCUGUAGAGCCUUUCAGAUGGUCAACAUCUGGAAAACUCCACCAUGAAGAUCUUGAGUUACCCCUCGGCCCAACCAACGAGCCAAAUUCUCCUUUCCCCAAAGGCCCAAACGAAUCACGGCAUCAGCACACUGCACACCCAGCCAAAUUCUCCGUCCGCGCGACCCAGAUGCUCCUCCACUCUUCCGCCUGCCGCGGCAGCCACCUCCUCGCCGCCUGUAGCAACAUCAGCGGCCGGUUCCUCCACUUCCCUUCCGCGUCCACCCACCUCGAAACCCUAGGCGCGCUCAGGAACCUUGCCGACAUGUCGUACCGCGGCGGGCGCGGGGGCGGCGGGCCCAACUCCCACCGCGGGCGCGGCCGAGGCGGCGGCGGCGGCGGCGGCGGAGGCAGGGGAGGCCGCGGCGGCGGCGGCGGGGGACGCGGGGAGCAGAGGUGGUGGGACCCUCAGUGGCGCGCGGAGCGGCUCCGGCAGAUGCAUGGGGAGGUGGAAAAGGUCGAUGAGAAUGAAUGGUGGAACAGGAUCGGACAAUUAAGAGAAGGGACCCAACAGGAGCUAGUAGUCAAGCGGAAUUUUGGACGGGAUGGACAGAACAUACUUGCAGACAUGGCUCGGAGACAAGGGCUUUACUUUAAUGCAUACAACAAAGGGAAGACCCUGGUUUUCAGUAAGGUGCCAUUACCUGAUUAUCGAGCAGAUCUUGAUGAGAGGCAUGGAUCAACCCAAAAGGAGAUUAAGAUGUCUAAUCAGACAGAGAGGCGAGUGGAAGACCUUUUGUCCAGGUCAAAGUUGAGUACCAAUGAUCCUGCAAGCUCAUCUAAUGUAUCGAUGAGGAAAUCUUUGCCUAGCACAUCCUCAUCAGUUGUUGAACGACCAGCAGAUAUUGAUAAAGAAAAGUUCAGCUCUCAGCUUAGGGAUUUGCAGAAUUCAAGGAAGAUGACGCCAAGUGCUAGAUCAAUGCAGUCUUUCAGGGAGAAAUUACCUGCAUUCAAUAUGAGAGAAGGAUUUCUGAAAGCAGUAGCAGCUAAUCAGGUUCUGGUCAUAUCUGGUGAGACAGGUUGUGGUAAAACAACCCAGCUUCCACAGUUCAUUCUAGAAGAAGAAAUAGAUAACCUCCGUGGUGCUGAUUGCAGCAUAAUUUGUACUCAGCCCCGCCGUAUAUCUGCCAUAUCAGUAGCAGCAAGAGUAGCUUCUGAGAGAGGUGAAGAGCUCGGUGAGACUGUUGGGUACCAGAUUCGCCUAGAAUCAAAACGGUCUGCACAAACACGACUGCUGUUCUGCACUACUGGAGUUUUGCUUAGAAGACUGGUUCAAGAGCCAGACUUAGUUGGUGUAAGUCAUUUACUAGUUGAUGAAAUUCAUGAACGUGGCAUGAAUGAAGAUUUUCUCAUCAUAAUACUGCGUGACCUUCUACUAAGACGUCCAGACCUUCGCCUUAUAUUGAUGAGUGCAACUAUAAAUGCAGAACUGUUUUCCAAGUACUUCGGAGAUGCUCCAAUAAUGCACAUCCCGGGUUUCACCUUUCCUGUUACCGAGUUUUUUCUGGAAGAUGUCUUAGAAAAGACUCGUUACAAAAUCAAGUCCGAACGUGAUAGUUCUGCAGGUAGUUCGAGAAAAAAGAGGUUUUCAUCAGUUAAGAGUGAUCCAUUAUCUGAUCUUUUUGAGGAUAUCGACAUUGAUAAGGAAUAUGAAAAUUACAGCAUUACAACAAGGCUGUCCCUUGAAGCUUGGUCUGCUGCUGAACUAGAUUUGAGCCUGGUAGAAAGUACAAUUGAGUAUAUUUGUCGCUAUGAAGCAGAAGGUGCAAUUCUUGUCUUCCUUACUGGCUGGGAUGAAAUUUCGAAACUUCUGGACAAAAUUAAAGGAAAUACUUUCCUUGGAAGUUCAAACAGAUUCCUUGUUCUUCCUUUGCAUGGUUCUAUGCCAACUGUCAAUCAGCAUGAAAUUUUUGACAGACCGCCAGUUAAUGUGAGAAAAAUUGUUCUGGCAACCAAUAUUGCGGAGAGUAGUAUCACUAUAGAUGAUGUUGUCUAUGUAAUUGAUUGUGGUAAGGCAAAGGAAACAAGCUAUGAUGCUUUGAACAAACUUGCAUGCCUUCUACCAUCAUGGAUAUCAAAAGCUUCUGCUCAUCAGAGGCGAGGCCGUGCAGGCCGCGUUCAGCCAGGAUUUUGCUAUAGGCUUUAUCCAAAAGUCAUUCAUGACGCAAUGCCACAGUUUCAAUUGCCUGAAAUUCUUAGGACUCCUUUGCAAGAACUAUGCCUUACUAUCAAAAGCUUACAGCUUGGAGCAGUAUCCUCCUUUUUGGCAAAAUCACUGCAACCUCCCGAUCCUCUUUCUGUCAAGAAUGCAAUUGAGCUUCUUAAAACCAUCGGCGCACUCGAUGAUAUGGAGGAACUCACUUCUCUAGGACGACAUCUCUGUACACUUCCACUGGAUCCAAACCUUGGAAAAAUGCUACUUAUGGGAUCUGUAUUCCAGUGCCUGGACCCAGUAUUAACAAUUGCUGCUGCUCUUGCAUACCGUAGUCCAUUUGUGCUCCCAAUUGAUAGAAAAGAAGAAGCUGAUGCUGUUAAAAGAUCAUUUGCUGGUGAUUCCUGCAGUGAUCACAUUGCUCUUCUUAAGGCGUUUGUAGCAUGGAAGGAAGCAAAACGUAGUGGCAGAGAACGUUCUUUCUGUUGGGAAAGUUUUUUGUCCCCCAUGACCCUGAAGAUGAUGGACGACAUGCGAAAUCAAUUCUUUGAUCUACUAUCUGAUAUUGGGUUUGUUAGCAAGACAAGAGGAGUGAAGGCAUAUAACCAAUAUGGCAGCGAUCUCGAGAUGGUCUGUGCUGUCUUGUGUGCUGGGCUUUACCCGAAUGUCGUACAAUGUAAAAGGCGAGGAAAGAGAACGGCUUUCUACACCAAAGAUGUGGGAAAAGUGGACAUUCAUCCUUCAUCAGUGAAUGCAUUUGUGAACCAAUUUCCAUUGCCUUACUUGGUUUACAGCGAGAAGGUUAAGACGGCUAGCAUUUAUGUGAGGGACUCCACAAAUAUAUCAGACUAUGCCCUUUUACUUUUUGGUGGUUCCCUUAUUCCAAGCAAAACUGGAGAAGGCAUUGAGAUGCUCGGGGGUUAUCUUCAUUUCUCGGCACCAAAGAGUACAAUAGAGUUGAUUCAGAGAUUAAGAGGUGAAUUGGAUAAACUCCUCCGGAGGAAGAUUGAGGAACCUGGUCUUGACAUCUUUUCAGAAGGAAAAUGUGUUGUGGCGGCAGCUGUAGAACUUUUGCACAGUCAAAAUGUGUACCACUAGAUGCUACAUAUACACGGUCCAUAAGGCAAUUUUUGCACUAGACGAAAGUGAUACUAGGCGAUGCUUUCUGUAGUAUUUAUAGAAGUUAUAUUUCCCAAAGAUGUUCGUGGCUCCAGUGUGUGUUCGACACCUCCCAGUUCAUGGAAGCAGGAAAUUUUGACAUCUUGUCAUUGUUACACAGGAGAUGUAUCAAUGUGGUAAUUCGGUCAAUUUAUCUGCUAUCUAAUGUGUUAAGCGGAAGUGAAUUUUGUUAUCAUUCAUUUGAUUUUUGGAGUGGGUCGUUGAACACUU